AUUAUUUUACCUGGUGGCGUGCGAGAUGCCAGGCAAAGAGCUCGCUGCCGUGGCACUCGGCGUACCCGGUGUAGUCAUAGGUACAGUAACCCCAACAGUGGACGUCACCUCCAUAGAGGUUUCCUGCUGCUGGUACUCCUUCGGGUCGAUGGCGUGGUCGCGCAGGUUUUGUGGAGCAUUUGAGUUAGCCUUAAGGGGUCACGAUGAAAAGGAAAAUUCGGAAAACAGAGGCAUAUUUAAGGAGCUGGUGAAUUUUAGCGCCGAAUUAGACAACGAAUUGAAAGUCCAUAUUCAAAGUGCCAAACUUUUCAAGGGUACCUCAAAAACAACUCAAAACGAGCUUCUUGAGUGCAUGCUAGAUGUUUAUCAUGAAGAAGUUAAGAAGGAGAUUGCAAAUUCUCCUUUUGUUGCAGUAAUUGCCGAUGAAACGACUGACGUAGCCUGUGAAUUUCAAUAUUUGUGUAAAGGACAACCAGUUGAGAGAUUUUGGAGAUUUUACGUCCCCGACGGACACGAUGCCAAAUCAAUCGCUGCAUGCGUUUUAAAUGUUGUAAAUCCAUUAAUAGAUCAAAAUCCAAACAAAUUAAUAGCUCAAAGCUAUGAUGGUGCGUCUGUUAUGAGUGACAAAAACAGGCUUAAAACUGAGUUACAAGUAUUAUAUCAGAGAGAAGAAUUGAGUACUACUUCUGGAGCUGUUCCACUAUCCAUUUUAUUGAACGAGGAAGGAUUAAAUUGUACGUUUCAAGAAACUCUUAAGCUCUUAAGUAUUUUAAUCACUAUACCGAUGUCAACAUCUGAAGCAGAACGCUCUUUUUCAAUGCUGAAACGGAUUAAAACUUUCCUCAGAAACACAAUGAAGGAAGAAAGGCUUAGUGCUUUAGGAAUGCUGUCUGCAGAAAAACAUUUUGUUAGUGGCAUUGAAAAUUUUAAUAAUAAGGAUAAAGAAUAA